CCCGCGCGCUAGUUAAAAAGAAGAAGAAAAGAGGGAGCGAAACAUGAGAGGCUGUGUGAGAAGCUGCAGGCGCCGGCAGAGGAGACCUCAGCAUCAUCUCGAGCCCAGCGCUGGCCCUGCCCGCGCCUGCCCCGCCGCUGCCGCCGCCGCCGUUUCUGUUCCUGCUACUGUCUCACCUAAACAACUCCCGUUACACGGACAAGUGAACCUCUGUGGCCGUCUUCUCUUCCUCUUCUUCUUCCUUCUUUUCCAACUCCUUCUCCUCCCACUUCCCAGCCGCAGCAGGAAGCCCCUAACCCAACUGACACUCGCGCAACUGCAAACGGUGUCAUCCGGACAACUUUAUCUCGCUCCUCGGACUCCCCUAAGGCAUUGGACCCAUCGCCUUAUCUUUUUAUUUUUUGCAAAGUUGCAUCGCUCCACAUAUUUUCGCCCCCGCCACCACUCUCUGCCUCUCGAGUGUCCCCCGCAGCCUCCUCCUGGAGCUGCGCCCUAGUGCCCCUGCUGGGCAGUGGCGUUUCCCCCCCCCCACCCCCCAUCCUCCUGCGCCGAGCCCCUGCCGCUCCGGGCAGACGAUGCUGAAGAUGCUCUCCUUUAAGCUGCUGCUUCUGGCCGUGGCUCUGGGCUUCUUUGAAGGAGAUGCUAAGUUUGGGGACAGAAGUGAAGGGAGCGGAGCGAGGAGGAGAAGGUGCCUAAAUGGGAACCCCCCGAAGCGCCUGAAAAGGAGAGAUAGGCGGAUGAUGUCCCAGUUGGAGCUGCUGAGUGGGGGAGAGAUGCUGUGCGGUGGCUUCUACCCUCGUCUGUCCUGCUGCCUGCGGAGUGACAGCCCAGGGUUGGGGCGCCUGGAUAACAAGAUAUUUUCUGUUACCAACAACACAGAAUGUGGGAAGUUACUGGAGGAAAUCAAAUGUGCACUUUGCUCUCCACAUUCCCAGAGCCUGUUCCACUCACCUGAAAGAGAAGCCUUGGAAAGAGACCUUGCACUUCCCCUGCUCUGCAAAGACUAUUGCAAAGAAUUCUUUUAUACUUGCCGAGGCCAUAUUCCAGGUUUCCUUCAAACUACUGCUGAAGAGUUUUGUUUUUACUAUGCAAGAAAAGAUGGUGGGUUGUGCUUUCCAGAUUUUCCAAGAAAACAAAUCAGAGGACCAGCAUCUAACUACUUGGACCAGAUGGAAGAAUAUGACAAAGUGGAAGAGAUCAGCAGAAAGCACAAACACAACUGCUUCUGUAUUCAGGAGGUUGUGAGUGGGCUGCGCCAGCCUGUCGGCGCCCUGCAUAGUGGGGAUGGCUCGCACCGUCUCUUCAUUCUGGAAAAAGAAGGUUACGUGAAGAUACUUACCCCUGAAGGAGAAAUUUUCAAGGAGCCUUAUUUGGACAUUCACAAACUUGUUCAAAGUGGAAUAAAGGGAGGAGAUGAAAGAGGUCUGCUAAGCCUUGCAUUCCAUCCCAAUUACAAGAAAAAUGGAAAGCUGUAUGUGUCUUAUACCACCAACCAAGAACGAUGGGCUAUCGGGCCUCAUGACCACAUUCUUCGAGUUGUGGAAUACACAGUAUCCAGAAAAAAUCCCCAUCAAGUUGAUUUGAGAACAGCCAGAGUAUUUCUUGAAGUCGCAGAACUCCACAGAAAGCAUCUAGGAGGGCAGCUGCUCUUUGGCCCUGACGGCUUUUUAUACGUCAUUCUCGGUGAUGGGAUGAUCACACUGGAUGAUAUGGAAGAAAUGGAUGGUUUAAGUGAUUUCACAGGGUCGGUGCUCCGGCUGGACGUGGACACGGAUAUGUGCAGCGUGCCUUAUUCCAUACCGAGGAGCAACCCGCACUUCAACAGCACCAACCAGCCCCCAGAAGUGUUUGCACACGGCCUGCACGAUCCAGGCAGAUGUGCUGUGGAUCGCCAUCCCACUGAUAUAAACAUCAAUUUAACAAUACUUUGUUCAGACUCCAAUGGAAAGAACAGAUCAUCUGCCAGAAUCCUACAGAUAACAAAGGGGAAAGAUUAUGAAAGUGAGCCAUCACUUUUGGAAUUCAAGCCAUUCAGUAAUGGUCCUUUGGUUGGUGGAUUUGUUUACCGGGGCUGCCAGUCGGAAAGACUGUACGGAAGCUAUGUGUUUGGAGACCGUAAUGGGAAUUUCUUAACCCUCCAGCAAAGUCCCGUGAGCAAGCAAUGGCAAGAAAAACCACUCUGUCUGGGCAACAGUGGUUCCUGUAGAGGUUACUUUUCAGGUCACAUAUUGGGAUUUGGAGAAGAUGAAUUAGGUGAAGUUUAUAUCCUAUCAAGUAGUAAAAGUAUGACCCAGACUCACAAUGGAAAACUCUACAAAAUCAUAGAUCCCAAAAGACCUCUAAUGCCUGAGGAAUGCAAAGCCACGGUACAACCUGCGCAGACACUGACUUCAGAGUGUUCCCGGCUCUGUCGGAACGGCUACUGUACCCCAACGGGCAAGUGCUGCUGCACCCCAGGAUGGGAAGGGGACUUCUGCAGAAUUGCAAAAUGCGAGCCAGCAUGUCGUCAUGGAGGUGUCUGUGUUAGACCAAACAAGUGCCUCUGUAAAAAAGGAUAUCUUGGUCCUCAGUGUGAACAAGUGGACAGAAACUUCCGCCGAGUGACCCGGGCAGGUAUUCUUGAUCAGAUCAUUGACAUGACAUCUUAUUUGCUGGAUCUAACAAGUUACAUUGUAUAGUUUCUGGGACUGUUUGAAUAUUCCUUUCCAAUGGGCAUUUAUUUUUUAUCCUGUCAUUAAAAAGAAAGACUGUUAUCCCGCUACACACUUCCUGUGAUUUCAUUUUCUUUUAUUAAUUUAAAAAUAAUUUUCCAGAAAUGGGCAGAUCCUGUGUGUGUAUGUUGGCACGUUUGUUCACCUAGGCGCACACACACACACACUCACAACCCCUAUACGUGUGGUUGCCUAAGAGAUGGGUUUUAAAAAUAUAGGUUUCCUUGUGUGGAGUAAUUUACACAGAAAUUCCAUUGUAAAUUGAUAACGGAAUUUUUAUGUCACCAGAGGAGAUUAUUUGACUUCCCAGGAAUUUUCUGUCUGUAAUAACUAAAGUCAACUUAAUGGAGUUUUGAAACAUGACUGUGCAAUCUGAUGGAUCUAAUAAAAAAAAAGGCAAUAUUUUUAUAUUAAAGGAUUAUAAUGUGAGAGAAUGUUUCAGAACUCCCUGAUGAAUUUCCAAAUGGGAGACUUGAUAUAAAAUUGUAAUCUUCAUUUGUAUCCGUGUAUCCAGUUAUAGAAUGUUACUCACUUACCUUCUCAUUGGCUGAGAAAUCUGGUUACUCUAGUUUAAUCUCAAGAUUGUUUUCAAGUGUUUUAUAAUUAAAUCAUAACAGCAUAUUCUAAAACCAAUCUUCCUAAAAGGUCUGCUUUUAUUAUAUGUUGUAUCUAACAAUAGGCACUGGGUUUGUGUUACCUAUUUAUAUUUUUUAUUUUAUUUUUAUAAUAUAGACAUCACCUAGAUGAAACACCUUUGCCCUGUCCUGUAAAAUACUAAAGUUACAUUUUUCACCAACUUAAUUGGAAAGAAGGGGAGUGAGCAAACAGUCUUUAAUGUGCUGUGGAUCUAAUCUAGCCAUGUAUCCUUGUGCCAACAUGUAAUCAUUAACGACGGAUGAAAAAGCAAGAAAACAGCCAAUCCUUAUAAAAUUCCAGCAUUAAACUUAUGUAAAGCGCUUUUCACCAUAGCAAGACUGUCAGUGUAUAUGUGAUUAGAAUGUUGCAGAUUUCCCACUGAACAAAACUCACUGGGGAAGUGCUCACUUGUUCUUAACAAAUCUUGGCUAUGUAAGCUGUCACUUGUACAAAUUUUUUAAACAAUAAUUCUCUCCAAAUAUGAGUUUUAAUGUAUAUGUUCCUUUAGAACCCGAUGAAAAUCCUCUUUGGUUAAUGUAUGAAUAAUUUUUUGUAAAUGUUCUGUUCAGGUUUUUAAAGAGAGGCCAUGUUCUAAUUUAAAGCAGCGAAAGUCUGAUAGACAUUUUUCCUACUGGUUUUCGAGGCCAGCGCUCCACAUUCAGAUCAUAACAAAAUUAUAAGGCCUCUUUGCACUACUGAGAAAACAUCUCUCAUGAUGUGCACACCGGCUCUAAGUUGUCCUGUAAACAUCUGUUCUUCCAGAAUCUAAAUUGUACGCUAGCGUAGAUUAUGCAGCACAGGCUGACUUUCCAAAUCUGCUCCUUACCUAUAGGAAUGUGAGCCUCGAUUAAAAAGAAUAAAAUCAUGUAACUAGUAUUUCUCUAUUGUUUUAAGGUGAGAGAUUUGCAAUUAAAGCACACUGAGCAUUUAUGUAGAAAGGUUGUUUAAGUACACUGCUCUUGUCUUCCAUAUAUGAUUACUUAAGUUUCAAGUGACCUCAUGCCGAAUGGAAAUGGGUUGAGAAACCUUGGUUCAGUGCUUAGUGAACAAUAGCCUGCAUUAAAAAGUGCAUGCAUAAUUUUGCACAAUUUAGAUUCAAUUGACAGUCUAUUCAAAGAAGUCUCCGGAUUAAAUGAGCAUGGAGACCAAAUUGCCCUCUUACCCCAGAAAAGGGGUGGUCCCUUCUAGUCACACUAACACUUCAUUGGCCCACGAGUGUGACAAAUCUUGCCCUGAACCUGCAGUAGCCUGCAUCUGGAGGUUAAUAGCAGUCUUUUGUCUCCCUUGCUUUCUCUUCAUAGCCCUUUUACUGAAUUCCAUCACAGAAAGUUUUACAAUUAAAAAAAAAAAAAUGUCCUGACAACCAUUUUUGUAAAUGGACCUUACCAUCUAAUCGUCCCUUAUUCAGCGUGGGUGACAUUAACAAAAUGUGAACUUCUGGUAAGGGAGCCAGCUGUCUAAAUCUGUCAAAUCGUGCGGUUUUAUUACACAUUCUCCUGUUCAUAGUUGCACCGAAAACAAUAAGGACACUGCUAUAGAUUGAGCAAAAUCUGAAAAAUCCGAGGUUUUUUCUUACACACUUAAUCUUUCCAGCUCUUCAAAAGAAUCUCUCCAAAAGAAAAGGUGUUAUAUUGCCAUUAAUCCUCCUGUUUAAAAAUAUCUAUAUAAAACUGACCAGGCGCAGACUUUUUACACAGUCCUUUCCCAAGUGAAGGAGUUUCCGAUGUCUUAGAAAAACAUAUGUACCCCAGGUGUCACUGCCUUCUCUAUUGUGAGUCAUUAUCAUAAAAGACCAAAAUCUUCUAAAAGAGGAGAUAGCAAGAUCCAUGGAUAUUAAAUCUGAGCAAAGAAGUGAAGUCAUUGGAGUCAUUUCUUUCUCUUCCUGGGAGAGACGUAAAGAGCAGUGGCUAAUUGACGGCUGCAAAUCUGAAACUCUGUGAUCAUUUCAAAAACAAUCUUUUGGCUUUUUUUUUUUCCAAUAAGACUUUUAAACUAUGUGACUGGAGAAUUAUCUUAAAUGCUCUAUGAUAGGCAGGUAGGAAUUGGAUUCAAACAUGAGUUAGGGAAAAGUGAUUGUUUUAUCUUGCGAAUGGCAACAUCUACUUGGUUCUUAAAGCACACAAUCAAAAUGGAGAAAAAUGUCCUUGGCAUGAGUGUAGAUUCAUGUGAGAUGUGAGAUAAAAAUAAAAUAAAGAGAUAGAAAAAUGUAUAUGAUUAUCCCUUUGUCCAUUCUGGAGCUUACGCUUUGGCUGUUAAUUUAAUGUGAAGUGCUAUUAGAGUAGUUAUAAAGGUUUGGAGAAAAACUCUCUACCACUGCUCUUGCCAGACUCUUGUGCUGGUUCAUAGAACCUUUUUUCUUACCAGUUAGUUAAGGUAAUGAGAAGAAAACAGAAUCGGCACAUCAUUAAAUUGAAAAGAAGGGAAGAGUUAAAAAAACAAACAAACAAACAAAACCUUGUGUGUUGAUAAAAAGUUCCACCCAUACCUUUUCUUCUUAGAAUUGUGGCUAUUGUAAAAUAUUUUAUCACAAAGAUACUCAGAAGUCUUCUCAGAUAAUGGACUACAUCAUAAGGAACAGAGAAACCUACACAUUCCAAAAAUACAACCUAAAUAGAAAACCAUUCCCUUUUUCAUUUCUAUACUUCAGAGCAGGAAAUCUCUAUUGAUUUCCUUGAAAAUGAUUACAUACCGAUUUAUUAACAACUUUAAUAUGUUUCUUUUGAUAUUGCUUUUAUCUCUCCAUCUUAAACUGUAUAACAAGCUUACCAGGUGAAAGACACAAGGUUAGAUGCUGUAUCUAGGGUCUUUUAAAGUAUCAUUAACUUAAACUUAAUUAUCACUCUAACAUUCUUAACUUUGAAACAGAAAAGAGAAAUCAAACCCAAAAUUUUAAGUGGAAAAUAAGGUAUACCACAGGCAGAUGUAGUUGGCUGAUCGAUAAAUUACAGUUCUAACAUCUCUAAAAAGUGUACCUAUAGUAUUUUUCUCUACCCCCACCCCUGCCUCUCUCUCUCUCUCUUCUCCCACCCACUUCCUAUAUGUUCUUCUUCCAUUAACCUCUUCCUUCCCUCCCAUUUCUUUUGGAUUUGACCGAACAGAUAUGUCCUCAGUGCACCCAUAAUGAAGAUGUCCUGGGGUAGGUUGCUAUUGAUUUUCCUGCCUAUGACCUUUUUUCUAUUUUCCUAAAAAAAUACCCUCUCCCACUGUCACAUUUGCUCAGACACUGUAUCAUGAACAGUAGACAAAUAUGAAUAUACUAGAUUGAUCUAUUACAGUUAGGGAGAGAAAUAACCAAACGCCUAAAUGACUACCAGCCUGGAUGCUCCAGUUCACCUUGUUUCCAUCAUUCACAAACAGGAAAACACAAAUAUCCCAGGCAAGAGCUUGAGCUAACAGUAGGAGAAGUUAGUAGCUAUUUCCUAUUCAGGCAUGACCAUAUCUACAGAGUCUGUUUUGCGAAGGAUUAUUCCAGAUCUCUUCUUUGCCCACCUCUGGGAUGAGACUUGGACUGGCAGAGAAAUCAGACCAAAGUCUCAUGCCC